AUGUCUCGGUGUUUUCCGUAUCCUUCUCCUGGAUACGUGAAGAAGGGGAUCAACGAUGAGGCCCUAAUCGAAUCGAUUAAGCUCCAAAGAGAAGAUGGAAAGGCCAAGAAAGAAAAGAAGAGAGAGAAAAAACGAGAGAAGAAAGAAAAGAAGGCUAGAGAAAAUGGGGAGCUUGAAAAUAAGAAGCACAGUCAUAAAAAAAGGCACAAAGAUGAAAGGCACCAAGAAGAUGAGAAAGGUAGAGACCAUGGAAAGAAAAGAAAGCAUGAAAUAGAAAACCUUGACAAGAGUACCCUUACUGAAGAGCACGAACAUCCAGUUGGUUCCCAGAACUCUUCUGAUAGCACUGUUGACAGCAACAAAAGGCCGAAGCAGAAAUCGUACCCUGAUGGCAUGCAUAAUUCUGCAAGCAUUUUCCGGAUCCGGUUGCCUCUCCAAAGGCACAAAGAUCCUGAAGUGCUACCCAGAGAGGAACAACCUUGCCAGUUGCCUAUUCAGAAGCACAAAGAUCCACAAAUGCUACCCAGCCAAGAACAACCUUCCCGGUUGUCAAUUCAAAGGCACAAAGAUCCGCAAGUGCUUCCCAGCCAAGAACAGCCUUCCCGUCUGUCUCUCCAAAGGCACAAAGAUCCACCUGUGCUUCCAAGCCAAGAACAGCCUUCUCGGUUGUCUCUCCAAAGGCGUAAAGAUCCACAAGUGCUUCCAAGCCAAGAACAGCCUUCCCGACUGUCUCUCCAAAGGCACAAAGAUCCGCAAGUGCUACCCAGCCAAGAACAGCCUUGCUCUGCCUCGGGAAGGACUGAUAAUGCCUUUGUACAAGGAAUGCAUGAAGCUGCUCCUAGACAAGGCAGAGAUGAGGGACAACAUCCCUGCUCUACUUUUGGAAAUUCUGGCAAAGAAGUCCCUGUCGGACUUGGUAAAGAAAAGCUCCGAGCAACUGGUAGUGCUUCACUUUCUAUAACUUCAAAAUACGUAGAGCUAAUUGAAAACUGGGAUCAACAUCCUUUGUUGCAAAGCUUUCCCAUGGAUGUUGAUGAUCAGGAAUGGUUGUUUGAGACAAAGCAGAACCGGAGCUGCAGGGCUGAUGAACGAAUAUUUGUGAGUGACAGCUUGAGCUACGGAGACUCAGCGUCUUGGCCAUGUGCUCGCCAGUUGCCCCAGUUGCCCAAGGCCGAUAUAUACGCUUUGCCCUUUACAGUACCGUUCUAA